GCCCGGGGCUGGGAAACUCAGCUGGGCGUCAUUCUUGGCGCCCGGGGCGGCGGCCCGGCUCUAAACCGCGCUGCUCCCCGGCCGGAGCCGGCGCCACUGCCGAUUGCCCGCGGCGGGCAGAGGAAGACACGGGCGCUGUCCCGGGGGCAGUGACACAGCCCCGCCCCGUCCGGUGCCAGCAGUAGGGCGGGUGGGAGCAGCUCCGCGACCGGAGCCGCCCGAGCCCGCGGGCUCUGCAGACCCGUAACGCGAGAGUCCCGUUCCCAGCGCUUCCCUGGCAAGGAGAACCGGCCCGGUCGCGCUGUCUGACCGCCGCGCCUCGGCCGGGAGCUGCGGCCGUGUCCCGGCCCGCCCGGAAGGGGCGGAGGCGCCGGAGCGGCGAUGGCGGACGAGGCGCUGUUCCUGCUGCUGCACAGCGAGAUGGUGGCGGGGCUGUACCGCGCCGCCGAGCAGGGCGAAGGGGAGAAUGGGCGCUGCACCACUAAGCUGGAGAGCAUGGGCUUCCGCGUCGGGCAGGGGCUCAUCGAGAGGUUUACAAAAGAUACUGCCAGGUUCAAGGAUGAAUUAGAUAUUAUGAAGUUCAUUUGCAAAGAUUUUUGGACAACUGUAUUCAAAAAACAAAUAGAUAACCUAAGGACUAAUCAUCAGGGUAUUUAUGUGCUUCAAGACAAUAAAUUUCGUCUCUUGACACAAAUGUCUGCAGGAAAGCAGUAUUUAGAACAUGCACCAAAGUAUUUAGCUUUUACCUGUGGACUAAUCAGAGGAGGCCUAUCGAAUUUGGGAAUAAAGAGUAUUGUAACAGCUGAAGUUUCAUCAAUGCCUGCAUGUAAAUUUCAGGUGAUGAUACAGAAGAUGUAGAGCACAUUCAAAUCUGGCUACGGAUCACUUCUGUAAUGAGUGUGUGCAGGAAGAUGAUUAGGCCUGAAAGAAGCUAUGAAGAUAUCACCAAGACUCUUAAGGACACUGGGGUUUGCUAGAUACUUGUUACAAGAUUUGCAUAACAAUACGUAUCUUGCUGUAGGUAAGCAUGAAAAUAUCUUGUUAAAACUUCUAAUGAAUUUUGCUGUAAGACUUUUCUGUUGGCAGGUUCAGGCCUUACCUUGAAAUGCAUCACAAUAGAAACAGUGUUUAUUCAGAAGUGUGAGAAUGCCUUGUGAGAGUGAUUCAGUUUCUGUUUUUGAGGCCAGUAAAUAACAGACUAAUUAGAAAAGCUCACAUGGCACCUUUGAUACACAGCUACCUUCUGUGUUGGGAGAAGUGUACAUUGUACAGUUGCACAGUGGGCAAGAACAGUGGAAACUGUUCUUCCCUAAGUUCUAGGAAAGGUCUGAAACUUAUAAUGGAUCAAGACUUUUCUAGAAAGCUGUCACAAGCUGGCAAGCUAGAGACUAUAAGUGUGAUAACCAGGGCUUUAUUAUACUUGAGCUUAAGAUGUGACCAAGUUCUCCUUUUUUCAGGUACUGUGAAUGCUAGUUCAGAUUAGCUGUUGCUGUAUAACUUAACAGUUCUUGGAAACAUAUAGAGCAGAAUUUGAUCCAGGAGAAUGCUGUCCCACUUUUUAUAAAAAUAGCAGAGGUGAAAGUAACUACAGUAGUAUGCUGCUCAGUGGUGACUUGUAGUUUGAUUGAAAACACUGGGUUCUUACACUGGUAAUUUAGGGGAAGGUGGUGGUUGUUGUUCCCGUUGAUAACUCAGAUUUGUUUGCAGUUGUAGGAGUGGAGAAUUAGCUAACUCGUAUUCUUGCAUUACCUGGGUUUCUGCUUUCAACAUGCUGAAAAUGUUACUAUGAAGAGACUAGAAAUAAUUUGUGCUGUAUGUCUAAUAGAUGGACGUUUCAAUGUCAUCAUCCUUAAGCAUCUGCAGUGAGGAUCAUCAUGGCAUUAUCAUGUACAGAAUCUGUUACUUGCAUCUCAAGAAUUAAGACUCUGGUAGUUAUUGCAAUUAAUUUUGAUUUUUCAAUUGACAGUUAAGACUACCAUUCCAGAUGCAAGAAUGCCAAUCAUUCAAAGACAUUUUGAAGAUGUAUCAAUAACUGGUUAUGGCCAAUAAUUAUUUUUAAUAGCGAGGGGAGGGACUUAAAUUCCACAAUACACAGAAAGCACGUCAUUUAAUAUUAUAUCGAUUGGUUGCUAUGACCUGAAUUCAUAGUUCCUUUAAAAUGGAUUUUUAAUUGGUGAAGACAAUUAUAACCAGAGGGAGUUAUGUAUGUACCAAGCAGAUGCUGACCCUCUUGGCAAAGCACUCCACGUUAAACAUAUAUGUAAAUAAAUGAGGUGAUGUAUUUGUCAAGAUAAUCAUACAGAAAAUAAAUUUGUUGAUUCUGUUAAUAAAUGCUUCUAAUAAAAGCAUUGAAUAC